AUGGACCAGCUCAUUUCGGUGCUCUUACACUUCCCGCCGGCUGGCGGGAUCGCCGGCGACGAUCAGUACGACUCGGCGGCGAAGUCGCACAGCCAAAAGUUGGACAAGCUGGCUGCAUCAUCAGACUUCAACGAUGCCGCCGCCCAGCUCCUCGACCACGUCGAUCCAGCCGUCUAUUCCAUCUCGCAUGCACACCUGCUCGCCGCAGUGCGGGCUGCCAAAAGCCUACCCCAGCCAGAUCUCUUGGCCAAGGUCGCCGUCUUCCUCAACACCUUCGACGCGCGCCAGAUGCGCUACGCGGGGAAAACGCUGGCGGGAAUCCUUGACUGGCUCGUCAGCGGAGACUUGUUUCCUGUGACCCUGUUGAGGCUCGAUCCGACGGGCUCGGUGCUCACCUCAUACCACGUGGCUCUGGUCAAGCUCGCGUUCACAACCGACAACGUCGAACCGGCGCUGCCGCUCCUGGAGAGAAACAUUGUCUUCUAUCCGGGGGCCAAGGGACUGCAGGAGACGCGGCGUCUCGGCAGCUUAGAUCUGCCGCCGGCGUCGUACAUGACGGUCGAGACGCGGCUGACGAAGCAGCUGAGCAGCAGCGACGUGCUCCAGUACGACCUCCUUCGCGGGCUCUGCUUCAUCCAGCGGAGGGCGUGGGCACAGGCCUUCGACGCCCUUGAGCGCGUCGUGACGUACCCCGCCAAGGACAGCCACUCGUGCAGCAAGAUCAUGGUCGAGGCGCACAACAAGUGGAUCCUCGUCGGGCUGCUGCUCAACGGGAAGACGCCCAUGCUGCCGAGCUAUACGGCGCCCGGCGCCCAGAAGACGUUCGCCUCCCUCGGCAAGCCGUAUCACUCGAUCGGCAAGGCGUUCGAGGAGAGCACCGCCGAGAGGCUCAAGACCGAGUUUGAGGGCCUGGGGCCGCAGUUCUUCAGCGAGGAGAACAACCUCAGCCUGAUGCGCCUGGUGCUGCAGCACUAUCAGAGGUGGCAGGUCAUCAACCUGCGCAACAUCUACACCACCGUCUCGCUCGAGCAGAUCCGGGCGCGCACGCAGAGCGCCGAGACGGCCGCGCCGCUGGCGACCGAGGCCGAGGUCGAGCGGCUUGUGAAGGACAUGAUCGACGAGGGCAUGCUGCGCGGCGCCAUCGAGCGCCCGAUCGACGGCGGGCCGGCCUAUCUCGUCUUCCACGAGCCGAACGAGGAGCUCUCCGAGGCCGAGUUCGCGCAGAGGAUGCUGCGGACCGCACAACGCCUCAAGGAGGUGGAGCCGCUCGUCAGGGCGACCAACGAGCGCCUGGGCACGAGCCGCGACUACGUGCGGUACCUGACCGGGCAGCAGAAGAAGGGGGGCAAGGACGCGCAGAGGGAUUAUGGCUCCUCGUUCGUGAACCAGGUUGAGGACGAGGAUCUGAUGACGGGCGUGGUGGCGGCGUACUGA